CAGCAGCGGGAAAGAUGCGGCUGGAAAUUGAAGGGCUCGAAGUGCUCUUUCCAUAUCCCCGUGUGUAUGCAGAACAGGUCACAUACAUGCGGGAGCUCAAGCGCGCUUUGGAUGCCAAGGGACAUGCCAUGCUUGAGAUGCCCACGGGGACAGGCAAGACAGUCGCGUUGCUGUCGCUUGUGUUGUCGUACAAGUACGCCCAUCCCCAAACGACAGGCAAGCUCAUCUAUUGCACGCGCACGGUGCCUGAAAUGUCCAAGUGUGUGGAGGAAAUCAAGCACGUGAUGACGUAUCGCGCCGAAGUGUUGGGUGCCCAGGCCACGACGAUCACGGCAGUGUGUCUCAGUUCUCGGCGCAACAUGUGCGUGCAUCCUCGCGUCAUGAACAACCCCGACGGCGAGACCGUGGACGGGCAGUGCCGGCAAAUGACCGCGUCCUGGGUGCGUGGCCGCGCCGACGCCGGCAUGAACGUGGAAACGUGCAGCUUUUACGAAAACUACGACCGGCGGUCCACGGACGAGCAGGUGCUCGAGAGCGGCGUGUACACGUUGGACGACCUCAAGGCACUGGGCACCAAGCGGGGCUGGUGUCCGUACUUCAUGACGCGCCAAGCCAUCGGCACGGCCGACGUGGUCGUGUACAACUACCAGUACAUGCUCGAUCCCAAGGUGUCCCAGAUGGUGUCGCGCUCCCUCGAGCGGGAUUGCAUUGUCGUGUUCGACGAAGCGCACAACAUUGACAACGUGUGCAUUGAAGCGUUAAGCGUCACAUUGAAUCGUCGGGCACUGGAUCGGGCCUCGCGCAACCUCACUACCAUCAGUACAACCGUGAGCCGCAUGAAGCAAGCAGACAAGGCCAAGCUCGAUGCCGAGUACCGCCGCCUGGUCGAAGGGCUGCGAUCGAGCGGGACGGUCGUGGGGGUGUCGGACGCGAGCGACUUGGCGGCUGCCAACCCCGUGCUGCCCGCCGACGUGUUGGAAGAGGCUAUUCCAGGCAACAUUCGCCGCGCCGAGCACUUCCUCGCGUUCCUCCGGCGGGUCAUAGAGUACCUCCGCAAACGCAUUAAAGUUCGCCAAGUCGAAUCCGAAACGCCCGCCGCCUUUCUCCAUACAAUGCAAGUGGAGAUUGCGAUCGACAUCAAGCCACUCAAGUUUUGCUACUCGCGGCUCAACUCGCUGCUGCGGACACUCGAGAUUACAAACCUCGAAGAGUACAACUCGCUGUCCCAAGUCGCCAACUUUGCCACCCUCGUGGCGACGUACACGGAGGGCUUCAUGCUUAUCUUGGAACCCACAGACGAAUUCAACCAGCCCCAGCCCAUCCUCCAACUCGCGUGUCUCGAUGCAUCGCUCGCUAUGCGACCGGUAUUUGAACGGUUUUCCACGGUGGUGCUGACGUCAGGGACGCUGUCACCAAUCGAUUUGUACCCUCGUCUGUUGAAUUUCUCGCCCGUGGUGCGCGAAUCCCUGCCCAUGUCUGUGUAUCGAUCGUGCAUUUGCCCGCUCGUGAUCACGCGAGGCAGUGACCAAAUGCCCGUGAGUACCAAGUUUGACCUUCGCGACGACUUAAGCGUCGUGCGCAACUACGGCGGGCUGCUGCUCGAGAUGGCGGCGUGCGUGCCGGAUGGGAUGGUGUGCUUCUUCCCGUCGUACAUGUAUAUGGAGAGCAUCAUCCAGCAGUGGGACGUGCUGGGCGUGCUCAAAAAGGUGCUGGCACACAAACUCAUCUUUAUCGAAACCAAAGACAUUGUCGAGACCACGCUCGCCCUCGACAACUAUAAGCGCGCGUGCGAGAUUGGCCGCGGCGCCGUGUUCUUCUCGGUGGCGCGGGGAAAGGUCGCGGAAGGCAUCGACUUUGACCGCCACUAUGGCCGCGCCGUGCUCUUGUUUGGGAUUCCGUUCCAGUACACGCUGUCCAACACGCUCCGCGCGCGCCUCGAGUACCUUCGGUACACUCACCACAUUAAAGAGGGCGACUUCCUCACAUUUGACGCGCUCCGCCAAGCCGCGCAGUGCGCCGGCCGCGUCAUCCGUAGCAAGGCCGACUAUGGCAUCAUUGUGUUUGCCGACUCCCGCUACAACCGCCACGACAAACGAUCCAAGCUGCCCCCGUGGAUCAACCAGUUCCUGCUCGAGUCGCACUUGAACUUGAGUGUCGACAUGGCUGUGCACAUGUCCAAGAAGUACCUGAGUCUCAUGGCGCAACCCGUCGAUGAGUCGACGACCGUGGCCAGCAUCUUGCUCGACGAAGCCGCCGUGGUCAAGCACUUGGAAGGAGGCAGCAGCAAACGGCCUCGGCUAGAAUAAGCAUACUGCUAAUCGAAUGUGCGCAGCCAGCAUUUGUUUCAUA